CUCUCCUCUCCCCUUUUUUUUCUUUGCUUUUUCCUUCAAUCCUUGUAGUUUCACCCCCUCUGUUAUUCCUUUUGCCUUUACCAUGUCGAUCAUGGCCUCAAACCCUGUUCUUCGUCUUCUCCACAACAAGAAGCUCAAUCUUCAACAACAACCUCACCAAAUGGAUGAUCUUCCUCACGAUGUUCUUCUCAGCAUCCUUUCUCGCCUACCCAUUUCAUCUCUGAUUCAGUUCAGAUACGUUUGCAGGUCAUGGCGGCUUUUAGCUCAACACCCACAAGUUCUUGACCUGCACAACUCUGUCGAUGAUCAUCAUAACUUUCGUUGCUUAAUCUUCCACUGUGAUUACCCCAUCAGAAAUCAGCUCUAUUUCGUUGAUUUACCUGAUUUCAGAGACGAUAAAUUGUCAGUGAAGAGGAUUUUCACUCCUUUUUCAGCUACAAUGUCCGAGUACGAUGUGGUCGGUUCAUGUCAUGGCUUCCUCUGUUUAUCUGAUUCUCUUUACAAUGACAAGCUCUUUAUUUACAACCCCUUUACUAGAGAUUACUUACAACUCCCCAAAACCAAGGAAUUUUCGAAUCCGGAUGUGGUUUGUGGCGUUGGAUUUCACCCACAAACUAAACAGUUCAAAGUGCUUACCAUUGUUUAUGCCAGAGGCUUUCGCCGUAUACAGAGACGCUUUAGCCACUCUGAAGUUCAAAUUUUCACAUUGGGAAGUUCCAAUUGGAGAAGCAUCGGCAAACUUUACCACCAUCUAGCUCAAGGGCAGCCUCAAGCCGUCGUCAAUGGCAGACUCCACUGGGUUUCUCUGCCUCCACGACACCAUCUUGGUCGCGCCAUUGUCUCAUUCGACUUAGAAACAGAGCAAUUCAUUGACAUCCCCAAGCCGGAUUUGGGCAGCUUAAGUCGAAACAAUUACCAUUUAGUGAUUCUAAAUGGCUGUCUCUCUGCUGCUGUCUACUGCACUUACGGCAAAAUGGAGAUUUGGGUCAUGAAAGAGUAUGGCGUGAAGGAAUCUUGGGUUAAAAGUUUCAACAUUGGAACAUACAUGCCAAAAGCACUUAAACAAGAAGCAGAGAUACCGUUUAAGGUGUCGAAGAUCGUGCUUCGAGGCAGAAUUGUGAGGGUUCUCUGCAUUUUGAAAAGCGGAGAGAUUUUGUUGGAGUAUAGAAACAGAGCUCUGGUUCUUUUCCAUCCAAAUACUGGGAAAUUCAAGGAUGUUGCUUUUGAAGGCAUGCCCCAUUGGUUUCAAACUGUUGUUCAUUUCGGAAGCUUGAAUCGGAUCGAUACUAUGUUCUGAAACAUAUCCAUUAUGAUUUAGAAUUAAACUAAUUGUUUUCUUCAAAUCUUUUCAAUCUUCCCUUCUGCUUCUGUGUAGCUUAUGGUAGUAUAAUACAAGCAGAACAAAGCAGACAAAUCUAAUAGACAAUUGUGAUUAAGUUGCUAAUACUAA